AUGUUUGUAUUGGCAUUUGCCCAUCUCUCUCUCUCAUUUUCUCUAAAAUAACAGAACCCCAACCCCAUUAACGUGUGAGAUACACAAUCAUCUCUGGUCGAGCAAGAGAGAAAGAGAGAGAUUUCAGGCACAUACACCUCCUCCAGGUUACAUUGUGCGUCUAGAGAAAAACAGCAUUGACGACAAUUGUUACGUAAGAAAGAAAGGAAAGAUGCGCAAGUGGUUGUGUUGUUCGUGUCAAGCAGAAGAAUCAUAUCCUCGACGUGAAAGCGAGCCUUUUAAAAGCCCUAAACAGCAUACAGAUGGAAACCAGAAAAGUUCAAAGGUACCGGCUCCUGUAAAACAUGAAGUGCAGAAAGCAGUUCCAACCAUUGAGGUACCAGCACUUUCUUGGGAUGAGUUAAAGGAGAAAACAGAUAAUUUCGGAUCAAACGCAUUGAUUGGUGAAGGGUCCUAUGGAAGAGUGUAUUUUGCAAGCUUAAGUAAUGGAAAUUCUGUGGCUUUGAAAAAGCUUGAUGCUGCCCCGGAGCCCGAGUCAGAUAAUGAGUUUCUGACUCAGGUUGCCAUGGUUUCGAAGCUGAAGCAUGAUAAUUUUGUAGAGUUGACGGGCUAUUGCGUUGAAGGACAUAACCGUGUGCUUUCAUAUGAGUUUGCCACAAUGGGAUCACUACAUGACAUUUUGCAUGGUAGGAAAGGAGUACAAGGAGCACAGCCAGGUCCUGUUCUUGACUGGAUGCAACGUGUACGUAUAGCUAUUGAUGCAGCCAGGGGGCUUGAAUACUUGCACGAGAAGGUUCAACCCUCUGUAAUACACAGAGAUAUCAGAUCUAGUAAUGUGCUUUUAUUUGAAGACUUUAAAGCCAAGAUUGCAGAUUUUAAUCUUUCAAAUCAGGCACCUGACAUGGCUGCUCGCCUUCAUUCUACUCGAGUUCUUGGAACUUUCGGUUAUCACGCACCAGAGUAUGCCAUGACAGGACAGUUGACGCAGAAAAGUGACGUCUAUAGCUUUGGUGUGGUUCUGUUGGAACUUUUGACUGGAAGAAAGCCUGUUGAUCAUACAAUGCCUCGAGGACAGCAGAGUCUUGUCACUUGGGCAACUCCAAGACUAAGCGAAGACAAAGUUAAACAGUGUGUGGAUCCAAAACUCAAAGGAGAGUAUCCUCCAAAAGCUGUUGCAAAGCUGGCAGCUGUAGCAGCACUAUGCGUGCAGUAUGAGGCCGAAUUUCGGCCAAAUAUGAGCAUUGUUGUCAAGGCACUCCAACCGCUUCUCAAGGCUGCAACCCCAGCUCCAGAGAUGUAGAGGAAAUAAAUGCGUUUUGGGUGUCGGAAGUUCUGCGACUACUUGCACAAUCUUGAUCCAUUUCUCUCUUAUUAUUCACUUUAUAUGUAUAAAAGGAUAUUCUUUUCUUCUGGGCUUUGAAAUGUGACUUUUUACGUACUCUUGUUUUAGGGAUGCUGAAUGUCCACAUUAUAAGUGUAAAGAGUUGGUGUGUGUCAAGACUGUUUUCUGGUUCGAACUUGUAAAUCGAAGGGGUGGAAUGUCUUGUGCAUUCGGGGUGCUUUGAGUGGAUCCGUGUCGCAAUUAUACAAGUCUUGUGCCCGUAAUAUUAUACUAAAUUAUUAUUAAUGGUA